UUUGUAAAUUCUUACAAAGCAACACGCCGUCUAGCUUUCGAGGUUUUGGAUGCUUUAACCCAUAUUUUACUAGCAUUUCAUGAAUUUUUAAAUCUUUGCGAGGAUUUAACAAGUGCAACUAUACAAGAUAGAAUAAUUUUCGUUAAUUGGUACAAUUCAGCUAUAAGUUCAAGCAGAGAUACAAUUCGGGCAAUGUCUGACUAUUAUAAUAAUACACAGUUUGAUAAUAUUUCAGUUAAUAUAAAUACUGAGAAAGUAGAUCAAUAUAGCACUGAUAAUGGUGCAUGUUUUGUAAAGAUAUUUAAUCAAUAUACUGUAUUUUAUAUACAUGGCAUAAUUUGA